GGAGGAUCAUCUUGAGCACCUUCGACGAGUGUUGUAGACGCUCCGCCGCGCUAAGUACAAGGCCAACAACGACAAGUGCAAAUUUGUCCGGCACGAGAUGGAAUACUUGGGCCAUUUUGUCACACCGGAGGGCAUCAGUCCGCAAUCGGACAAGACUCAAGCCAUCCAAGAGUGGUCGGAGCCACGGAACGUCACGGAUGUCCGUUCGUUCCUUGGUCUCGCCGGCUACUACCAACGUUUUAUCAAGGGCUACUCGAAGAUCGCGGUCCACUUGACCAAGCUUCAAUGCGAGGAUCGACCGUUUGACUUGGGAGAGGAGGCCUCGAGAAUCAUUCUUGGCUCUCAAAGCCGCGCUAUUAUCUGCGGAGGUCUUGCGCAUAUACGACCGAAUGCAUCCGGCUAUGCCAUUGGUGUCGUCCUCGAGCAACACGAUGGCGUGGACUGGCACCCAGUCGAGUAUUUCAGCAAGAAAGUGCCCGUCGUGCACUCCAUUGACGAUGCACGCAAGGAGCUCCUCACCUUCGUCCACGCGCUCAAGCGGUGGCGACACUUCCUCCUUGGUCAAAGCCGAUUCCGAUGGGUAACGAACAACAAUCCGUUGGUCUUUUACAAGACCCAAGACACCGUCAACAACACCAUCGCUCGAUGGAUGGCUUUCAUGGACCAGUUUGACUUCGUUCCCGAUCACAUUCCAGGGAAGUCGAACUGUUUUGCGGAUGCUCUCUCACGGCGUCUGGAUCAUUGUAUCGCGGUCUAUUCAACCUUUGAGAUCGACAAUGACCUGCCGGACAGCUUCAUCCGCGGCUACCAAGCCGACCCCGAGUUUCGCGACAAGUAUGCGAAUUGCUCCUCUCCUAAUCCAGCGCCUUUUCACUACCAGAUACAAGAGGGGUACUUGCUUGUCCACACACGGGGGAAGGACCUUCUAUGCGUACCGAGUGACCCUCACUUGCGUACACAGCUUCUUGGUGAGUUCCACAAUGCUCCAGCCACCGGACAUUUUGGAGUCAAUCGCACGAUUGGCCGACUUCGCGAGCGAUUUUGGUGGCCCGGCCUUCUCGGCGACGUCACAUGCUAUUGUGAGUCAUGUGAGGUUUGUCGAUGCUGCAAAUCCCACAACCAUCGUCCAUACGGCGAGUUGCGACCAUUACUGGUCCCCUUGCGGCGAAGGGAAGCGAUUGCCAUGGACAUCACCGGCCCGUUCCCCAAUCACAAGACCGAUGUGGAUGGGAUUCUCAUGGUGGUCGACCAACUCACCAAGUUCGCCAUGUUUUUGCCUUGCCGCUAUCAUGCUAGGGCACCGAAGUUGGCCGAGGUUCUUUGUGCCGGUUGGAUUCGCACCAAGGGUUACCCCAAGGAAAUCGUUUGCUACCAUGACACUCGGUUCAUGUCCGAUUUUUGGUUGGCGCUCAUCAAACGAUGUGGCUAAUCUCUCAAGCCAAGUUCGGCUCGCCACCCCCAAACC